UCUAGCUGUCUGUGGGCUGCCUUUUUCUUUCCCCUCUUUGAGGCUUUCUGAUGCCUAGUGUGAGCUCAGCUCAAAGGUUUCCAGCCUCACACUCGCCUCACAUUCCCCCACAGUCACAUUGAGCUCUGUGAUUCUGAGGAAUACAGUGUGCCAGCAUCCGAUCCAGUCUCCUUUCACCUGCAGGUGUUCCAGAAACUUCAAAAUGCGUCUGGAAGAACUGAAAAGAUUGCAGAAUCCUCUAGAACGAGUUAAUGAUGGAAAAUAUUUAUUUGAAAAUCACCAGCUGGCCAUGGAUACAGAGAAUAAUAUUGAAAAGUAUUCCCUCAAUCUACAGCCCUUGGAAUCAAAGGUGAAAAUCAUUCAGCGAGCAUGGCGCGAGUACCUGCAGCGGCAGGAGCCCCUGGGGAAGAGGAGCCCGUCCCCACCCUCCCUCUCAGAGAAGCUGAGCAGCUCUGUCAGCAUGAACACCUUCUCUGACAGCAGCACACCCUUUGCCAGGGCCCCUUUUGGGAAGAUUCAUCCUUACAUCUCUUGGGGGUUGCAGUCACCUGGGGACAAGUUGCCUGGUGGAAGGAAGGUGAUUCUUCUCUACCUUGAUCAGCCUGCCAGGCCCACUGGGUUCAUACAUACUCUCAAGGAGCCCCAGAUAGGAAGACUUGGUUUUCUCACCCUCCAGUGAAUGGACCUCAAGUUUAUGGAGGGAAUAGGAUGACCCCUGGCCUACACUGACUAAGCCUGUCAUCAAGAAAUGAGCUUCCUCUAACAACCAUGAGUCCAUUUGGAACUUCUGUGUUAAAAGCCUUCAGUCCAAGUCAAAUGUUGUCAGUGAGCUGUGUCCCUGGGGAGUUCUUUGGGCCCUGCCUCUUGCUUGAUCUUUUCCAGGUUGUUGAACCUCAGCCCUCUUUCUCUGGGUUUAAUCUAUUGCUGUUACUGCCUAGACAAUUUUCUAUCUUCUCAUAUCUGAUCAGCUGCCUGUCUUGUCCCAAGUCCCUGCCUUCCUUCUACUAACCUCUAGCACAAACUUAAUGGAGGCCAACAUGCCCUUACCUAACUUGUGGACAUUGCCAGCUGCUCUCCAGCCCCAUGCCCAUAACUGCAAUUAUUGCCUAUCUCAACCCUCUACCCCAGGCAUGUACUACACGGGAAAUCAGCUCACUAAUCUGGUCGAGUUCCUGUGUGGAGCUGAUAACGAUGCUUCUGCAUGCUUCUGCUCUGAUUAUUUUGGCUAAGCAUAGUGGUUAAUAGAGUUCUUAGAACAUUUCUGCCUUAAAAUGUAUAACAAAAGUAACGUUUAAGUAUGAGUGCUCAAAUUCAUUAUCUUAAUAAAAGCUGAGCACUUGUUCUGUGCCAGGCACUCUGCUAUUAUCUUGUUUAAUCCUAUCAAUGAUCAUACAAAGAAAGGCACUAUUAUUAUCUCCAUUUUACAGAUGAUGAAAAUGAGAUUUAAAGAGAUAACUACCUUUUCUUGGGCCACCCAUUGGGUUGGAGCUCCAUAUUUUAUUCUUCCACUAUAUAUUACUUGAAAAGAAGGCUGCAUUUAGACAUGGUCAAGCAAUCAGUUCAUGCAUUUCUGAGACUACUUUACAAUUUGGUAGUUAUAAACAGUGAAUAAAACAAUAUUUUAAAAACUCUCAUUUGAUUUUAUAAAUUGCUUCAUUCAAUGCUCCUUGAUUAAAACCUGAAACCUCAGCUGUUCAAUGCCAAAUUAAAUAGCAACAGAAGGGAAGAUAGUAUUAAGUUAUGUUAGCAAUUUGCAUAUUAAGUGCCCUUGUACCACAACGUAUCAUGUGGUAACAGAAAAAUUUGUUUUAGAAAUAGGAAUUUUGAAUAGCAACUGUUAGGGAAUGGUGCUUGUGGAUAUCAAAAUGAUUUUUAAAAAGAGUAGUCUUUUCUCCUUAAAAAAUAUUAGUUAUUGCACAAAGGACAACAGUAGGAAAUGCCCUGUGUAUUUUUUAUUAAUCAAUUUCAUAUCAUAAAAUAUUUAACGCUUUUCGUUUCCAGCUCCCAGAGAUCUGUAGCUUAUCUAAUAGGAUUAUCAUGGAAAGAAACUAUAGCGUGGUAUUUUCUAAACUCCAAGAUUGAUAACCUUUUCAGAAAUUAUUAGCAUGACCUUACAAAUAAGUCCGGAAAAAUCUCUGGAAUUAUUUAGAGACAUUCUCAAUCUCUUUUGGCUUAGAAUUGUUUCCUCCUGCUUGGGCCUUGCUUUGCGGUCACGCCUCUGUCUCCCAUUGGUUGCCAUAUUAUUAUGAUCUGGCCUAUAGGGGGCACUGUGGCUCAUGGAAUGAGGCGCCUGCCUGGGUAAGAGGAUGUGACUUAAAAUAGCAGCUCUGCCACUAUUUCUAUGUGUCCAAGAUGCAUCAUUUGAGAGGACAUUCUUCAUCUGCAACUGGAAAUAAUACCCACCUCAGAAAUGGAUUGGGAUUGCUGUGAAGGUUAAAUGGCACUACGCGUGUAAACUACAGCACAGAACCUGGGACUCUGAAGGCUCUCACUAAAUAUUAGUUGAUUUUGAAUCUGCUCUUGAAAACAUUCAGUGAGUUUAUUCAAAAUGCUGUGGAAAAAUUGUGGAGAGCAGACGUGGAAUUUUUAACUUGACACUGAUUGAGGGGCACAGUACUUGUUUGUGAUUCCCCAAGUGAAUCCAUGAGAAU